AUGCUUCUCGCCGAGGAUCCAGCUACUCUCAUCCACCACACCAUCAACAACUUCAACAUCCAGCCCGACAAGCUCGCCGUCAGCCGCAUCGCCGAAUCCCUCUCCACCCUGCAGCAAGCCCGCGAGCUGCACGUGCGCGACUCCGACUCGACGCUCAAGCGGCUCGCGCGCCAGCUCAACACCAUCAACGCGCAGCACGACGAGCUCAUGUCCUCGCACUCGUCCGCCGACCACGCAUCCACCAUUGCGCGCCUCGACACGCACAAGUUCCGCGUCGCAAAGGCCGCCUCCGACGCCGAGAUGGAGGCCGAGCGCCUGGCGCAGCAGGCGGCCGACCUGGCGGCCCGGCUGCAGGAGCUGGAGCUGCAGGGCGUCGACGGCUCCGAGGAGAGCCGCAGGCGGGAUCCCGUCGACGACGAGGUGCUGCUGCGGCUCAAGGUGUACCGCAGCUUGGGCAUCGAGAUUGAGCGCGACGAAAAGGACGGCGAGUGGGCGCGCGCCGUGGUGCGGAAUGAUAGGAAGGGCGAUGUGCAUGUGGUGAACAUGGACAAGAAGUUUUCGCGGUACUUUUACGCCAAUUACUUUUGGCAGACACUGUGA